GUAGGCAUUUUUCUGGCAAUCUUAGCAAUGGUGAAACAAAGAGAAGAAUACAGGAAUGAAGUUUUUCAAUUUAUUGCUUCGUGACAAUACACUGAGAACCACCUGGCCUCCAAGCACAGCCAGACCCCCGGAUCUCACCCAGUGGGAGUGAGAGCUCAGAGCUGGGACCAGCACUGGGAGAAGGCUCACCUGCAAGGAGAUUUCAGUUUUCAAGUUCAAAGACUGCCAAGAAAGUAAAUGAAGCUCAAGGACCCACCCCUGCUCUCUGGAUCCUGGAGCACAGCCUGCAGCCCGGUUCAGUCUGCGGCAGCCAGGCUGGCAGCGAAGACCAUGGCCCUCAUGCAGGUGUCAGAGGGGCCCAGUCCUGCGCAGACCUGUGCGCUGAUCCUGAUCUUCACGGUGCUCCUGCAGUCCUUCUGCGUGUCCGUGACAUACGUGUACUUCACCAAUGAGCUGAAACAGUUGAAGGAAAAGUAUUCCCGAAGUAGCAUUGCUUGUUUGCUCAAGGAAGAUGACGGCCUCUGGGAUCCAGAUGAUGGAGAAAGUAUGACCAACCCUUGCUGGGAAGUUAAGUGGCAACUCUAUCAGUUUAUUAAAAAGAUGCUUUUGAAGACCUAUGAGAAAACCUUCACAACAGAUCAAGAAAAUCAACAAAAUAUUUCUCGCUUAGUGAGAGAAGAAAGUUCUCAGAGAGUAGCAGCUCAUGUAACGGGGAACAGGUCAAGAAACAAAGUCAUAGCUCCAAGUUCCAAGAAUGAAAAGAUAAAUGGUUAUAAAAUAAACUUCUGGGAGCCAUCGAAAAUAGGGCAUUCAUUCAUGAACAAUUUUCAUCUAUUGGAUGGAGAAUUGGUUAUCCAUAAAACAGGACUUUAUUUCAUCUAUUCCCAGAUAUAUUUUCGAAUUCAGGAACCUGGGGAAAAGAAUGAAGCAAGAAGCAAACAAUUGGUUCAAUAUAUUUACAGAUAUACCAACUAUCCUGAUCCUAUACUGUUGACAAAAAAUGCAAGAACAAGCUGUUGGUCAAAAGAUUCAGAAUAUGGACUCUAUUCCAUUUAUCAAGGUGGAAUGUUUGAGCUUAAGGAAAAUGACAGAAUUUUUAUCUCUGUAACUAAUCAGCACUUAAUUGAUAAGAAUCAAGAAGCCAGUUAUUUUGGGGCCUUUUUAAUUGGUUAAAUUAUCUGCUCAAAAAAAUUGCUUUGAACAGUGGAAAUAGCUCCAAGAACAAAAGUGUGUGCGCUACAUGGAGGAAGCCCAGACUGAAUCCCUGACAUGUUAUGGUCCCCUGAAUUCCACCAUGAACAAAUCCCCAAUCCCCCAACUCAUGCAACACUGUACUGGAGUGAGUCCUGAGCACCAGUGGGUGUGAUUCCAAUGUCCAAAGUAAACCAAACCAACCAAUGCCUGCAAAGUGACUUUUUGCUCUUCAAGUUGAUAUAGUGUGAAAAUAUUCUAAUGUAUCUGUGAAAGUAAAGGUAGUUUUUAAAUAUCUUUGGGAAAAGACCAAUGCAUUUGAAGAAAGUGAAAUUGUCAAAAAGACACGUCAGUGCUCCUCCAGCAGAAACUUAGAAGAUUUUCUUACUGAGCACUGUGUAACAAUGUUAUGUCCUGUGGUUGGCAAGAUUCCUGAAGGAACAACAAGCCAUCACUGAAACAAGCCAUUGUUUAAGUAGUAUAUCAUAUUGGUUGUUUCCAGUUGGUCUCCAAAGACAGCUGUCCCAAAGCUGAAAGUCUUGGAGAAGGUCCUCUGUGAGGAUAUUCAAGCUACAAAAGGAAUUUGCAUUGUACAGAGUGUUGCAGGAGUUAUUGGACUUAGCAGAGAAAAAUAAUAGAAAAAAAUCAAAUAAUAGAAAAAAUCAUAAUAGAAAAAAAUCAAACACAUAAUAGAAAAAAUCAAAACAAAAACAAAUUAACAAGUUAUGUUCAGUGAAUAGAAAUAUGUUUCUAUUUCUGAAUGACUUUUCACUACCUGAACUUAAGUUGUCUAAAAGCACAGAUGAUGUUUUUGAAGAUGAGCUAUAACAAAUGAUCAGAAAUCAGAGAAUUUGUUCUCAUGUGAGCAGCAGGAUAUAUGGAAAAGUCGCAAUGACAAACAGGUAAACUAUGAGAACUGUAUCAAACAAAGACCCCACUCCACUUCCACACACACACAUCUCACCCUCCACCCAAGGUCUGCUUUGAGAUUUCCUGGUGUAUUUUUCCCCCCAGACAGUAAUGCUUCGUGUGUCAUAACCAUCACCCAGAACAUCUCAUUUUACCAUUUUAAAAAACUAGUUGGUGAAAAGAAUUUGUUGUAGUAUUUGUUGAAUUUCCUCUCUUAUCCCUAAACAUGGUUAUAAUUAUACUCAGUUGUUGUUUGCGCAAAUGUUCAUUUGGUCAAAUACGGUUUUUUUCUAAAAAAAUAACAUUAAAAUAUAAAUUUAUACCAUGAUAUAGUUACCUGAUGCUCCAGAUUCCUUGUCCUAUUUUUCCCCAUACCAGUAAACAAGUUCUUAUAUCCUAAAAAAAAAAAGAUUUAUUUGUUAAUCAAUUUUUUGAGUCUUGUCUCCUCUUACUAGAAUAUCAGCAAGGAACAUUUAAUCCUAUUUACACAUGUCUUUCCACUACUUAGAAAGAAUGUCUGAUGGCCAUUGCACAUGCCCUGUGCCCUCCAGUACCACAGACUGUGAUUCUGAGGCCCCCAGCACUACCAAGUGAAAGCAGCCCCUCAUUGCUGGGGCGUCAGGCCUGUACAACCUGGCUGAAAGGAAAAAUACCUGAACAUAAAAAUCACACAAAAUAGAUGUGUAAAUGGUUGAUUGAAUACCUAAUCCUAUGAGGGGAAAAAAGUCUACAUCAAAAAAAAAUCUUUGAAGAAUUUUAAAAGCAAUCUCAUUUUGAAAAAAUGGACUGUAAACCACAAUUUACAAUAUCAAGGAAAAGACUAAAGUGUGUGACGACAUGUCAUCCAGCGACUGAAGAAAAGAUUCAUUUUCAUCCAUAUUUUAUACUAAAUGUUUU